AUGGUAUUUUGGAGAGAAUUUAAAUAUGGACUGAAAGUAAUUGAAAUAUUUUGGAAGUUGCAUCCUCUGACCUUCAUGUAAAAUCACAUUUGCCAGAAGGUUCGAAACUACUUUAAGUUGAAGUUAUUCUCACUUUUUAAACGCUACACGUUUUAGCCGUUUGACAGAAAAUUCCUUUCUACCAGUACUUCACAGUGUUUUCUAGCGCAAGGCUUUAUCAAAACUGACUUUAUCAUUUCGCGUCACUGGUGAUCUCAUCUAGUGAAAUUGCCUCCAGCCAAUGGUGGAAAAUUGUUCGCAAACGUUAACCACCGAAUCUUCCGUCGUGUUAGCAUCGUUCAAUGGCUUUUCUGGUAUUUCAACUACAGUUGGUAACUCGAUUAUUCUUCUGACAUUGUAUAAAACACCUACUCUCCAGACGGUCUCGAACUAUUUUGUUGGCUCGCUGGCUUGCGCCGAUCUCUUUGUGGGUCUAUUUGCCAACUCGUUGUACGUGGCGCUAAGUGGUUUCGUUUCUCUUCAAGAAAUUCAAGAGCUAAAGAACGCUGAAACUUUUAUCUGGUUGUUCACGACAACUAUUACGACGUUUAGUUUGUGUUUCGUCGCAAUAGAUCGUUAUGUGGCGAUUAUUCGGCCUCUACUGUAUCCACAGAUUAUGACAAGAAACCGAUCCUUCCUGGCGACCAUCUGCAUAUGGAUCUUCGCUGUACUAUUCGCAGCCAUCAGUUUUUGUCUUCCGUACAACGACUUGCCGAAGCUGUGGAUAAUUGGUUCUUUUGUGACCUUUUUCCUUCCUUUAGGUGUACUCGUAUUCUGCUAUUGCCGCAUUUACCUGGCUGCAAAGGAACAAAAUUCGCGGUGGAAAACAAGACAGCCCACUUUCGAUGGCUCGACUCGAUCUGUCGAUGAGUUGAAGAAUACAAAAGCAGCUUUGACAUUUGCAAUCAUAACUGGGCUUUUUGCUGCAUUGUUUCUGCCAACGCUAGCUGUAAACUUUGUUGGAAUAGCCUUACAAAGACAUUGCCAUAGAAUAUGGCUCAAUAUAGCAUGGUUUUGGGCGGCAGCUCUGUCAUACACUUCGUCGACUAUAAACCCUUGGAUCUACGCCAUUAGAAUGGCAAAUUUCAAAAAGGCUUUAAGACAGCUACUGUCGAAGACACCAAAUUCAAAAAGCAAAAUCAAACCGAAUAACGUCCUACCGCGUCUUAGAGCCUUUAGGCGAGUGUGUAUACCAAGAGAAUUCAAGUAACUCGUGGGAUAUUUCAUAGUAUACCACUCGAAAGCGUUGCAUAAUUAGUAUGUACUGAGGGAACAUCAAGAGAUAAAUUCUGGGAUGUAAAGACAAAUUAAAAACUCUGUUAUGCGACAUUCACGACACUGAUAUUUUAUUACCAAUGGAGGAGACGAAAAUCAAAUGUCCCAUUAAUUGACAUGUAUUGUAGCUUUGUCUUCAAGCGAUUUAUUGUCUUCGGGGGACAUUGUAAAGUUUACGAGUCGCUCUUUCGAAGGACGUUUUAAAAUAUUUUAGGCGUAAAGGAUGCUGGGUAAUAAAGAGCAUAAGAUAGUUGAGUGAAGCAUGGCGUGCUCAAAUGUUGUUCAAAUGUUGUUGUUUAUAGUGGUCAAUGCGCUUAGCUACAC